CCUGCAAUACAAGGUGUUUGUGUGCUGACAAAUAGGAAUUAAAUCAUCUUACUCUAAUUCCAGGUACUCUACACCUGCAAUACAAGGUGUUUGUGUGCUGACAAAUAGGAAUUAAAUCAUCUUACUCUAAUUCCAGGUACUCUACACCUGCAAUACAAGGUGUUUGUGUGCUGACAAAUAGGAAUUAAAUCAUCUUACUCUAAUUCCAGGUACUCUACACCUGCAAUACAAGGUGUUUGUGUGCUGACAAAUAGGAAAAGAUUUUAAGUUGAAGUAGAUUUUCAUCAGCAGAUGAUAGAGGUAUUCAAAACUGUGAUCAGUUGGCCACUCUUUUGUAUCAAUACUUAAUCAGAUACUGUCAUUGAUGAUUGAAAGUGAUAGAAAAUACUCAGAGGAAGACAGAAAUAAUUCCUUUUAAAAGGCUGUUUUCAAGAUGCAUGAACAACUCAAACUGUUUUAAAAGAAAAAAAAAAUAGGAUACUUAAAUUGAUACUUUCAAAAAAGUGUUCUUAAACAAAGUACAGAUACUGUUUAUGAAAAGUUUUUUUUUACUGUUUCACUUGCUACUUAACACAUAUAAAGAAUAUCAAUGCAGCAGGUUGGUGAAAAAAGUACUUUGAGUGAAGAACAGAGAAAGAAAAUAGAAGAAAACAGGCAGAAGGCACUACAGAAACGAGCUGAAAAACAACUAAUUAGGUUACCUGUAUUAGUAAGGCAAGAUAAUGUACCAUAUUAUAAACCUUCAUCUGUUUGUAAUAAUGCUCAUAAUGUACUACCUUGCAAGAAUUCUUGUACUGAAAGCAAACUCUUUCAAAGGCAAGUAAAAUCAUCAAUAGAUACAAGCAAUAUUAGGAAUGUUGUUUCAUUAAGUGCUGGAAAUAUUGAAGAUAAUCUGAAUAAUUGCAGUCCUAGUGUAAAAAAGUCGACAUUUUAUAGUGAUAGAAAACAUGAAAAUCAGAAUACUGUUGACAAAUCUUCUGUGAGAAAGACUAAAGCAGAAUUGUCUUACUCUAAUUCCAGUAACUCUAAACCUGCAAUACAAGGUGUUUGUGUGCUGAUAAAUAGGAAAAGAUUUCAAGUUGAAGUUGGUUUUCAUCAGCAGAUAAUAGAGGUAUUCAAAACUAUUCCCAGUAAAGUAUACGAUGCCAAAGAAAAGCAAUGGAAUUUUGCAGUACAAGACCAUGACAAAUUAAUUCAAGGUAUCAUUCCAUUGUUUCCAAAUGUAGUAAUUUCUCCUUUGCCACCAUAUAUUCUUAGAGUUUUUAAAAAGGCUUCUGAUGAAUGUGAAAUUCCAUCAAUGGAUCUCUCAAAUCUUGAUCUUAAACUUCAGAAUUCUUUGCUGCCAUUUCAAAGAAAAGGAGUCAGUUUUGGAAUAUAUAAAGGAGGAAGACUACUGAUUGCUGAUGAUAUGGGACUAGGAAAGACUAUUCAAGCAAUAGGUAUUGCUGAUUAUUACAAGGAUGAAUGGCCUUUGCUUAUUGUAGCUCCUUCUUCAGUACGUUAUACAUGGGCUGAGGCUUUCCAUACAUGGUUACCAUCUUUGGAUCCUCAAGAAAUAAAUGUUGUCAAUUCUUCAAAAGACUCUGUGUCUGGGAGUAAAGUUGUGAUCAUGAGCUAUGAUAUCCUAACCAGAAAAGUGAAAUUUAUUCAAAAUCAAAAAUUUCAAGUUGUUAUAAUGGAUGAGAGUCACUUUUUGAAAAACUUCAAAUCUGCUCGUACUCAAGCAGCACUUGUUGUUAUGAAAACUUGUAAAAGAGUUAUAUUACUUUCAGGGACGCCUGCACUCUCUCGGCCAAUGGAACUUUAUACUCAGAUAUCUGCAAUAAAUAACAAAGUUUUUCCAAAUUAUACGGAUUUUGGAAUUCGAUACUGUAAUGGAAAAAUUAUGCCAUGGGGUUGGGACUUCACUGGAUCUUCCCAUAUGACAGAAUUGCAAUUAUUGCUAGAAGAAACUGUAAUGAUUAGACGUUUAAAAGCUGAAGUGAUCACACAGCUUCCAGCUAAACGGCGUCAAAUGGUUCUUUUGGAUCCAUCUGUUGUGCAUUCUCAUAAAAAGAUUCUUGAAUUCAUGUCAAAAGAGGUUAAUCGUACAAAUUUGCAUGGAAUGGAGCGUCGAGGAAAGCUAUUACAGUAUUUCAGGGAAACUGGUUUUGCAAAGUUGUCAGCUAUAUGUGAUUACAUUAAGGAUUUACUUGAGGCUGAGAGAAAGUUUUUAUGCUUUGGUCAUCAUCAGUCAGUUUUGGAUGCUAUCUGUAAGAGUAUAAAAGAAAAGGGUAUUCAGUAUAUACGUAUUGAUGGAUCAACAUCUUCAGAAACUCGCAAACAACUAUGUGACAAAUUUCAGUUUAAUGAUACAGUGCGUGUGGCAGUUUUAAGUAUUACUGCUGCUAAUUCUGGUAUUAACUUAACAGCUGCACAUAUGGUGAUAUUUGCUGAACUGUUUUGGAAUCCUGGAAUUCUCACACAGGCAGAAGACAGAGCUCAUCGUAUUGGUCAACAGGAUUCUGUUGUGGUCCAGUACCUUGUUGCUCAAGGUACAGCUGAUGACCACAUCUGGCCCCUUGUUCAAAAAAAGCUAGAAAUCCUGAAUAAAGCAGGACUUAGUAAAGACAAUUUCUCUGAUGCUGACACAACUAGAGUUAAGGGUCUUUGUCAGUCUUCACUAGAUGACUUUUUAGAAGAUCUUAGUAAGGAUCAGGCAUUCUUGGAUGAACUUAUUAUGUCUCAAGAAAUUCCUUCAUAAGAUACGUCAGUACAAAAUGAUUAAAAGAUUUAUAUGCUCAUUAUUCUUGUGGUGUGGUAUCCAUUAAACUGAAAAAAAAAAAUUUUUUUGCAUGAAAAUAAUUGUUAGUGUUAAAUUUCCUUUGAGUUUUUAACUUUUCACAAAAAGGCAACAUUGUGUUGGUUCAUAUACUUACAUAUAAAUGGAAUAUUUAGUUCUAAGAAAUAACUUUCACAUUUUACUUAGCUUGAAAUAAAAGUGUCGGCUUAUUUUUUAAUUAAAAAGUAUUAAAUAUUGAUCAGUUGGCCACACUUGUGGUAUACUGCAAGUGUUUUUACCAGCACAUUUAUGCUGUUUGAGUUAUAAAGUUGUCACAAACCACAUUAUGUACAGAGUAAGUAAUUACUUCUCUUUGAAGAUUUAUUGAAAAUGAUACAAGAGUGUGAUGGAUGGAAUUAUGAUUUAGUGAAGAUAGUUAGUACUUUGCUACAUUGACCAGUGAGGUGUAUACACGUAUUACAAAUGUAACCAGUUUACCACUAGAAUUAAAAUAGUUAUUGAGUGGCAAAUAAACUGGCCUUUAUGUCUGAUAUAUUUCAAAAUGUAGUGUAUAAUAUAUAUAUAUAUAUUCACAGAGCACAGAUUCAGAUUGAUUGCAAUAACUUUUCAAUAAACUUGGUAUCAUGAAACAUUUUGUGUGUUAAAUAGACCACAUGGUACACUUUGCACCUUUUUCUCCUCAUUUUUAACAAUUGAAGUAGGUGCAAUUCAUUAAGUAACCCAAAGGUAGAACUGGGUAUAUAUCAAAUAAAAAGCCUUUUUUAGGUGAAUGGUCUUAUAUUGCCUAAGAUUUGUAUAGUCAAUGAAAUAAAAGCAAGCAUAAUUGUUUUUUUAAUUUUUACAUUUAUGUAUCAGUUUUUUUAAGAUGUUUGCUCUCCUUCAGGUCUCAGCAUAUUAAAGACUGAAAAUAAUUGUUUCA